AUGGCAAGCAGUCAUGCAGAAAACAAGUCACAAAAUAACGCCAGCAUUUGCAAAUUCUUCCUUCAAAAUCGCUGUAUGUACGGUGAUGCCUGCUGGAAUAGACACGAAUUGCCCGAUACGUCCGUUAACAAUGAAGUGGAAACCAAAAAGAAAGAGAAACAAAAAGAAAACGAGGAGAAAGAAGAAAAUAUCUGUGCAAUCUGUUAUGAUGUGCCAAAGAAAUUUGGUCUGCUUGAGUGGCGCAAAACGGAUAACAUGUCUACACCCUUUCAAUCUAUCGACACAACUAAAACAUGCCCGGUUUGUCGAAAGAAUUCACCCUAUAUUGUACCUUCAUCCAGCUUUGCGAAAUCAGGACAAAAAAAGGAUGAGAUCAUUUUAUCGUACAAAAAACGAAUUUCUCAGAUUCCUUGUAAAUAUUUUCAAGAAACUAGGAAAUGUCCAUUUGCAGAUGCAUGUUUUUAUAAACACGCCAAUCCAGAUGGAUCUAGGUGUAGUUUAGGUCCACCCAAGAAAAAAAAGCCAAGAACAUGCACUUUAGGAAAUUUCCGGUACUUGGAAGUUACUGGAGAAGGUAAUGGAUUGGAUAUCAGGACCAUCUCAGAGAUCCUUGGUGGAUUUUCAAUGAAUCGCAGUUUCCACCACAUUUUUACAAGAGAUUGGGAUAAUUGGGACGAUGAAAUGGAUUUUGAAGAAGGACCUACUUGGGAUGAUGAUUUUCCAUUCGAAGAUCAGCUUAACGAAAUCGUUUCAUUUGGACCAGAUGAUAAUGAUGCAGAUGAACUUCCAGAAGGUGAGGAUGACGAUAAUGGCGGUUGGGGUGGAUCAGGUGAAUGGGGAGGAACCUGGGAGGACAUUGAACAAGAAACUACAGCUUUUCCGGAUAUUUAUCCACGAGAUUGGGUUAUUUGA